UUCAAAGAAGAGUAAAAAAAUAGCUACAAAUAGAGUCCAUUUAUUUGUAAAGCCAUCUAUACCCGUACCACACCAAUAAAUGUUUAAUUUUGUGUUUUGUUUAUCGACUCGUUCUUUAAUACUUCUGCCAGUUUUGGCAAAGCUUGCAAUUCAACAAGAAAGGAAGCAUAUUUAGAAUUGGUUUCCUAUAUUCGUUGUUAAGUAAAACAUAUUUCGCUAGCUGGCAGAAAUCAUUAGCAAUGUUGUACGAGAUACUCAGUGGUAUUCCUAUACGUUUGGAGUUCAAAUUUCGUCGAUGUUAACUUUGCCUUUCAUUAUUUCGGGUCGAUAAAAUAUAGUACCGGCCAAAUACAAGAGUAUAUUCAUUUUAAAUAUUUCACUCGAACAUUCGUACCCUCGAAAACAGUAAUCAAUAACCCCUUCCACUAAAAAUUGAUGGCUUUGUGUCAAAAUUUGAAAUAAAAAAAUAUUAUUGGGCUAGCGAGGGUAACGUUUCUCAGUUCAGGGUAGACCUGUUGCGAGGAGGGGAUUCUGAGGAUUGAGAAGGAAGCAGACAAAUUGCUUCGUUUAAUAAAAUUAAGAUGGUUUUUAAAGUUUUUAAACGUGUUCAACAUCUUGGUGAAGAAAAAAUUAAAUGGAAGCAAACUCUAGUUUAUUUUCUCGUUCAUAAAGAGAGAGAGAUAGAGAAAGAGGGAAAAGAGUGGUAGACAAAAAUAAUGUUAUUUUUUGGCGUGACUGGUAUAUAUCACUUUGUGAACCACUAAAGAAAGGAACGUCUACGGGGCUGUUCAACCUGCUAAAAUAGCCUUGCAAAUGUAUGCAUAACUACCAAUCCCUUCUGACUAAUACACACACAUCAAUCAGAGGCCAUCGAUCAGCCUAAAUGGAUUACCGCACUCUACUUUUGUGUUGCUUACUUCCCCUGAUCGUUAAGCAAUAAUGGAUUAUUGCCCUACUAAAUGAGAAGGAAACAUUCUGCAAGCAUUUGAACGUAGAACGCCCAGGUAUCCAAUGAUUUUGAUAAUUGUUUCCAUCUUCCGACAAAAAAUAUACCUUCAUUAUAAAACAUCGUUACAAGAGUAUAUUUAUUUUCAAUGUUCCACUCGAACUUGCGUACCCUCGAAAACAGUAAUAAUAAAUAUUUAAUUAAUACACAUACAUAUGUGUGUGUGUAUAUGAACAAGUACAGAAUAACUAUAAAUGAUACAUUUGUAGUUAAUGUUAAUCUAAUUGAAUCAAAUGACGAGGUAGAGCAAUAUUUGAGACAAGCGAAAUUAUGAACUAUUACAGAAUACUGAAAAAAUUAGGGUCCGGUACAUUUGGAAAUGUAUUUCUCGUUGUUAACGUUUGGACGAAAAAGCAAUACGCUUUAAAAGAAAUUGGAAGUGUUCGAAAUGAAAAACAACUAGCAUCUGCAAUGAAAGAAAUAUCAGUUCUAAAGGAAUUAAAUCAUCCUUUUAUUAUCAAGUUCUAUGAUUAUUUUCAUAAAAACGGAUGUUUAUCCAUAGUUCUUGAAUACUGCAGUUUUGGUGAUUUGAGCAAAGUCAUACAGUAUUUUCGUUUCAGCUCAUGUUCGCAAUGGAAGAUAUAUAAUCUUAUUUCUCAGGUAGUUCUCGGUUUGCGAUAUAUGCACAGUCGAAAUAUUAUUCAUCGGGAUCUGAAGCCUCAAAACAUAUUAGUAAGCACAAAUUUCAGUGUUAAAAUCUCGGAUUUUGGCCUCGCUCGGAAAUUAUUAACGCGUUUUGCACACACGCGUGCCGGGACAGUAUUAUAUAUGUCACCCGAGGUGUUCAGCGGUAAACCAUAUGAUUUCACAACGGACAUUUGGUCUUUCGGCGUGGUAGUGUACGAAGUGAUUACACAACGUAGGCCUUUUAAUGAAGUUUCACAAAUAUUGAAAGGUGCAUACGAUCCAAUUGACAAACGAAUCGCACGAGACCUGCGUUAUAUUGUUUUUUGGUCACUUCACCUGGACCCAAAGAAACGGAUGACUUUAACUACUAUUCUCCGCUGUACUUCUAUAUCUACUUUUAUUCACAAGCAUUAUCCACAUUAUAUUUAAUUCAGAAAAUUCACAUGAGCUGUUCAGUCAUAAGUAAACAAAUUGGAUAAAUUGUAUUUGUUAAAAACAUUUCAUCAAAAUCUUUGUUUUUUUUUUUUUUAUCCUCUUCUGAAAGUACAUAAUGUUAUGUAUUUUUUUUAAACGAAUAUUUAAAAAUUUAAAUCUUUUUUACAUAUUUUUUUUCUAUUUUCGUAAUUCCGUUGUUCUUGGUUUAUAGUUGUUGAUUAUACACGGCUAUAAUUGUACCUGUUUUUUUAAAUAUUUUACCAAGCUCUAUUUAAUAAACUCGGUAUUUUGAAACUCCAAAUAAUUCCUCAAAGUGCAAGUACCUUUUGUCUUGUUUCAUUCACUAGAUUUCGGCGUACAGGAAGCACCGCCUUGAAGAGUUUAGUCGACCAAAUUAACACCAUUACUAUUUUUUCUUUUAAAGCCUGGUCCUUCUCUUUUUACCGAACUGCUUAGUUACAGGGGCGUAAAUAAACAAUACGGUCAAGCGGUGAUUGUAGGACCUGUAUAUACAGCGGGCUUCUUUCAGUUUCUGCCUACCAAAUCCACUCAAAAGGAUUCGGUCAGUUUGGGGAUAUAGUAGACUUGCCCUAAGUGCCGCGCAGUGGAACUGAACCUGAAACGGCGUGGUCUCAAAGCGAGCUUCUGAACCACUCAGCCAUGCAUGCACUUUGACGUUUUAGGCCGAUCCCUGUAUAUGACCAGACUUUGUGGACAAAUGGUUUCAAAUCCGAACGUGGAAAAAAUUUGACCCGCGGAUGAGGAAUUCCCGACCAAACUCUAAAGUAUUCAGGAGUCGCUUCUUAUAGCUGAUACACAAGUAACUUUAACAAAAAAGCUUUGCUUUUCUUAUAGUAUGGUAUUCCCGAAAGUAGUAAUAAACUGAACUGGUCACAUUUAGUAGUUUUUGUUUUUCACAUGUUAAGAGUGCUCAAGUAACGAAAUAUUUGUUUCUAAACAGCUAUGUUUCUUUAAGAAUGGAGCUUCAGAUAUAAUGUGACGAUUAUACCUUUCCUUUAAGACGUUAGUAACAAAGUAGCUCCACGCGAAAGUCAAAAUUAUACAAGUGCAAACAUACUCAUAAUUCUGUUACUCGUUUCAAUCAUUUGACUGCGGCCAUGCUGCAGCAGGGCCUCGAGCGGUUUUUUUUGUGGAACAAAUCGACUCCAG